CAAACAUUUCCCCGCAAUGUCUUUCAAGUAAAUACCUAUAUAAUACAGUUGCUCAUAUCAACAGCGAAAACAAACGCAACGCAAACCAAAGCUAGUUUAACAGUAUCAACAUGUCUUCGGAAGAUCAGAAGCCAACUACCAAUACCAAUGACACUGGUAGCCAAAGUGGAAGUGCUGCGGUUCAGAGAGGAGGUGCGGGCCUGCAGAGCACGCCUGCGGGUUCGGAUACGCCAAAGCAGGAUUCCUCACUGAACACAUCCACGGCUAAUGUCCCAGACUUUGCCACCAGGAAGCCCGGAGGAGGCAGCUCUACUAUAUUACAGGGUAUUCGUGAUGAGUAUGUUUCAAGUCAUACAUCACAUAUUCAUGAAGAUACUGAUCCGAUUUAGAAUAUCCCAUGGGCUUGGGAAGGGUACAGACUAAGAAUCAGAGCAUUUGAUUGGGGGUACUGUAGACUUCUGUCUCAAAAUUCGUCUUUAGAAUAGCUGGUCUCGGUAUUUUCCUGACUUCAAGUAUGUCUAUAACGCUAUAGUCUAUCACAUUUAUGUAUUAGUCCUUCUUACGGUAUGAUUUGGCACGUAUCCAUCGUCUCAUCUUCAGUAUCAUGCAGUUAGUUGAGGUAACUGGCCUCUUAAAUCGUUUCGGGCACAUAAGUCGCACGGUCCCGGUUAGCAUGAUUCUAGGUUAUCGCAAACGGCGCAUUAUUCCUAAGGUCCUGGGGACUCGAGGCGGAGGGAAGCCUCCGAGUACCGUAUCCUUGGAUGCCUUUUAUGCCAAUUGGUAUUGUGGUAUCGUGGAGAAGCA